CCCUAGCUUCCGUUCUCGGUGGUGGAUAUUUCGGAUACACGAGCAGCGCAGGAAUCGGAAGAGUCGCAGGUUGCUUUGUUGUUGCCGGGAGAGGUGUGCGGGGGUUCAGCAUCUUCUUCCUGCUUCAUUGGCAGGCCUGGGAACUCCCACACAUAUGCACAGCACCAAGGCAUGCGAAACAUGUACAAUGAGCUGUGCAUGUGAAGUUCAGUGUACAUUCUAAAGAAGUUUGCAAGAGAGAAGAGGAAUAUUUCUGAGGAGAUAAGAAGUGCAAAUGGAAUAACAGUAGCUAAAGAAGACACCAUCCGUUACAAUGGACACAACACAUCAAAGCACUGAAAUGCCGCCCUCAAGUCAACCAUCAGACGAUUCAAUUGGAAACCAAUCAGCUACCGGUGUAUCUAGCUCUUCGCUCAAGAGGAAGUCUGAUGAUUUGGAAUCGCCAGCUAAGAAAGUGCCGCCCUCAAGUCAACCAUCAGACGAUUCAAUUGGAAACCAAUCAGCUACCGGUGUAUCUAGCUCUUCGCUCAAGAGGAAGUCUGAUGAUUUGGAAUCGCCAGCUAAGAAAGUGCCGCCCUCAAGUCAACCAUCAGACGAUUCAAUUGGAAACCAAUCAGCUACCGGUGUAUCUAGCUCUUCGCUCAAGAGGAAGUCUGAUGCUUUGGAAUCACCAGCUAAGAAAGUGUGUGUACAAGAAGGCCAUUCCUCAGCUGUUGCUGCACAUUACAAUGAACUGCAAGAGUGUGGAUUAAAGCAGCGAAGUCAGUCUCGCAUCUUCUACAUGAGAAACUUUAAUAACUGGAUGAAAAGUGCACUCAUAAAUGAGUUUUUAGAUAGAGUGCGAGAGAGAAAAAACAGGAACAUUGCAGUUUUGGAUCUCGGCUGUGGGAAAGGAGGAGAUUUGUUAAAGUGGAGGAAAGGCAGAAUAGAUCAUCUUGUAUGUACCGAUAUAGCAGAAGUUUCUGUCCAGCAGUGUGAACAGCGGUAUGUUGAAAUGAAAGAGCGAGCCCGCCGUGAGCAUGUUUUUGAAGCAGAGUUUGUGACUGCAGAUUCUACAAAGGAACUAUUGUCUACAAAGUUGAAAGAUCCAAAGAUGACUUUUGACAUCUGCAGCUGUCAAUUUGUUUACCAUUACUCAUUUGAGACAUAUGAGCAGGCUGACAUGAUGCUCAAAAAUGCUUGCGAACAACUUUGCCCUGGAGGCUAUUUCAUCGGCACAACUCCAGAUGGCUUUGAGCUGGUGAAACGUCUUGAAGCUUCUGAAACCAGUUCUUUUGAGAAUGAUGUGUAUGGAGUCACAUUUCAAGAAAAGGGAAACUAUCCCCUUUUUGGGUGCAAAUACGACUUUAAACUGGAAGGUGUGGUUAAUGUGCCCGAAUUUUUGGUAUAUUUUCCAGUACUUGUAGAAAUGGCCAAGAAGUAUAAAAUGAAACUAAUUUACAAGAGGACCUUUAAGGAAUUUUUUGAAGAGAAGGUUAAAAAUUAUGAACAGAAAACUCUGCUGAAAAAAAUGCAGGCUUUGGAGCAAUAUCCACCAGCAUCACAUGCAAGUUUAGUUUCUAACAGUGAAGAAGACUAUGAGCAUGCCAAGAAAACUAAGGAGAGUGGCAAAGCCAAGAUGCCCUUGGGAACUCUAAGUAAAUCUGAAUGGGAAGCUACAAGUAUAUAUUUAUUAUUUGCAUUCGAAAAACAGGCUUGAAUGAAAUUGCUGCGGACAAUCUGCCAACUUGUCAUAUUUUAAUUUCUUCAAGUGUUGUGCGUGUUAGUAUAUAUAUUUUUGUUACGGUUUUUGUGCAUGGAAGUAAUACAUGCUGAAAAUAUUUACUUCAAAUUAAUGUGCCAGUUGCAAGUGCCCGUCUGUGACAGGCUUUUUGUUUGUGUAAAUAAGACCAGGAACUAUUUUUUGUAUAAAUAUUUUAAUCUUUGUAUGCUUUGUAUGCAUACUGUUGGGAGACUAUUUCCAGACCAAGGAUUAGAAAUAUUUUUUUAAUUUUUUUUGUGUUUAAAAGGAAAAAUUUUCUGAGAUUGAAAGGACUAUGCCUGUCACAGCAGCAACAGUUACAUUUAAUUGAAGAGAAAAGAUAAUGCUAUUAUGUAUCUAAAUAAACAUCCGAAACAAGC